CGGCUGUAGUUUAUCCUUCUUACGUAGCUCUGCGAGGUGCGGACGGCUUGGAUCCCCUCCAGCGCCUGCGAGGGCUUCUCCUGGCUGCCGCUUGCGCUCUGGCGAAUGUCCGGAGUGGCAGCCCCCUUCGAGGCUUGCACGAGGGCGUCCUGGCAUCCGCGGUCAAGCGGGCCCUGCUGCUUCUGGGGCUGACCCUGUGGCUGGCGAGGCCCGGUCCACUCAAGGACGCCCUGCUUUGGCUUGCUCAGCCCAGGAGAACCCGGGUCGACCCUGUGUCGGGCAGGGGUGUGGCUGAGGCAGUGGUGGGCAGGGAAACUAGUGCCUGCCUGGUGGUAGUCCCAGGCAUGGAGCUUCCUGCAGACCUUGUGGCUUACUUCAGGUUUUGUUGCUUUGGCCACCGAGGAGGAAUGCUUGCCCCAAGUGGUUACUGUCUUGAAUAGUUGUUGAGUGAAAGUUUGAACCUAUGGAAUCUAGUCAUGGCAACUGUUUUAAUGUCUUUGACGCGAAUUCCAACAUCUGUGUCACUUCUGGAUUUGGACCUCGCCGCAUCCGGGAAGAAUCAGUGAUGCUUCGGACGGUCAAUCCUAGCACGGGGGCCCUCCCCUUCCAGUCCCUCAUGGUUGCAGACCUAGGCGAUGUGAAUGUCAAUCUUUACAACCUUCAGGACAGCUGCCGGCGAAUUCAAGAGGCCUAUGAGAAAAUUGUAGCAGCUGGCUGUAUUCCCCUGACCUUGGGUGGAGAUCACACAAUCACAUAUCCCAUAUUGCAAGCAAUGGCAAAAAAGCAUGGCCCUGUGGGGCUGCUGCAUGUGGACGCACACACGGACACGGCCGACAAGGCCCUAGGAGAGAAGCUCUACCACGGGACGCCCUUCCGCCGGUGUGUGGAGGAGGGUCUCCUGGACUGUAAGCGGGUGGUGCAGAUUGGCAUCCGGGGCUCUUCCAUGACCUUGGAUCCCUACAGAUACAACCGGAGCCAGGGCUUCCGGGUGGUCCUGGCUGAAGACUGCUGGAUGAAGUCGCUGGUUCCUCUGAUGGGGGAAGUCAGGCAGCAGAUGGGAGGCAAACCCAUUUAUAUCAGCUUUGAUAUUGAUGCCCUGGAUCCUGCCUAUGCCCCAGGGACAGGGACACCUGAAAUUGCUGGUCUCACCCCUAGUCAGGCUCUGGAGAUCAUCCGGGGUUGUCAAGGCCUGAACGUGGUGGGCUGUGACCUGGUAGAAGUUUCACCACCAUAUGAUCUUUCUGGGAACACGGCCCUGCUGGCGGCUAACCUGCUGUUUGAGAUGCUGUGUGCUCUCCCCAAAGUGACAACCGUCUGAGUCUCGUGCUCUUCAAGACAAAACAGAUUGCAUCGCUGACAAGUUCUCAAGAAGAACUUAUGAGUAAGCAGUCUGAGAACUCACGAGUUUAUGCCAAGAAAACUUUCUGCUGAACGUGUCAUUGCUGGCUGUGAAAUUGGGACAUUCAGUAGAACUCUCACCCAAACAGCAACAUUUCUAAGGAAUUUGGAUUAAUUUAAAAAAAA